AUGUCUUCAUCUGAGAGUGGACUAUCCGAUAUUGUCGACCCCAUGGCCAUGGUCUCUGACGACGAGAUCAUCCCAGAGCCAGAGAUUUUAACCUCCGACAUUGAGAGUGACCCGGAGAUGAUGUCAGACGACGAUGACGAUUUCCAGCCUUUUGCACUACCCGACUUUGGCGACGAUGUACCGCAUGCUGAUGGUUUACCCGACGAGGAUCCCUUUCUUAUUCCUAUUCCUGACCAGGACCAUCUCAUCCUCGGACAUCCCGAUGGUGAGCAUGUCGUGGCUCCGAUCCUCGCCCCUUUGCCUCUUGCGGCCUUUCCUUUCGAAGAUUUGCCUUUUGAUGACGUGUCUGAUGAUGAUGUCGAUCUUUUUAUUGAUGGUCCCCUUGAUGAUGCCCUGGGUGAUGGAGUUGUAGCUGAGGAUGCCAUUGUUGUGCCACUCAUUGAGGUUCCUGUUAUUGAGGUUUCCUCUGAUCAUUCUGUUCCAAAUUCUUUCGAGUCUAUAUCAUCCUCCACUUUGCAUGCAUUGGGAUUGCAGCAUUACCCCACUGAUUCUGAUACUGACACGGCCCUGUCUGUCGCACCUACUCCUCCACAUGACUUUGAUCUUGACCUUGAGCUAGACAUUGCCCCUGACGAUCAGCCUGUUGAUGCACCCACUGACCCUAAGCUGAUACCUGCAGAUCCUGAGCCGAUGCCAGCACCCGAGCCUUUACCUGAUCAUGAUCGUGUACCAUUUGGCAUACCUAUUGUUGCACCACUUGUACCAGACCUAAUUCCUGCACCCGCUGACCCUGCUGCUUUUGCCGGUCAAGUAGACCCCCGAUACGCUUUCACCAGCAAUGGGUGGAUAGAUGUUGAUGAUGUACCCCCUUUUGUUGAGCCCGUUACUCCCCCACAUGCACCUGCACCUGUUGAUGUUGCCCUUUUUCACCCGAUUGUGUCCGAUGUUCACCGCACCGACCUACCUGUCACAUUCUUGCAGGACAUUCCCGCACCCCGUCCAGGGGAAGGACCGUCUAGCCAGCAGCCUAGCCACAUUCCACACGUGUCAGCAUCUUUUCCUCACAUACCUCAGUAUACACCUACUGCUCAUUUUACCCUUCAUUGCCAGGGGAGCCACUCAUAUGGUUUCCUGUGA